GACUCCACAAAUUGAUACGGGCGACCGACGGCAGCGUUUUCUGUUCCCGCAGCUGUAGGUAACGCGUGUCCGCGAAACAGUCCAUGCUUCCAACCAUGGGGGAGCAUAUGUUGGUACCGCUUUGUCUUUUGUGUCUCGUUUUCGGAGGCCACACCUCUCAGGCACAAGACUAUACCGACAGUGGCGAAAGUGACCAAUACGAACCCCAGCUUCUAGAUGAGGAACACCGCGCAGAAACCGAGCCUCUUCCGAGACUACACAGGGAGCCUCCCGAAAGAAAUUAUUUGUCCAACGAGUAUGCGGAGUUUGUCACGGACCAAGCGUACCUGCGGCCACUAUCGGCUCGACGAGUUCCCCCCAGACUCCAGGACCUUCGUCCGCCAAUAGAGGAUCUCUGGUCCCUGAAGUCGCGCCUGUACAGCCGCACCCCGGAAGAUGAUCAGUUCGCUGAUAACUAUUAUUAUUCAACUUACCAAAAGAAACGAAUGCAGUCCUUCUGGAAGUAACGUCGGCUUACUGGUGGCUAAGGCGAAUCCUGUAUUCCACAAACCCUGUUUCGGGGUGACCUCGUGUGUGGAGCAGCGUCCGGAUAAUGAAAUUGGAAGAUCUCUCGAAUGCGCGAACCAGUCUGUGUCGCUGAAGGACGUGUUUCUAGCUUCGGCAUAUUUCCUGGAUCACUUUUACCCAUUCUCGCCGAUUACCAGUGGGUGAGCUG